AUGCCGAGGCGGAAUACGAAGUCCUCGAAAAGACGACAGAAGGCCAGAAACCGCAAGGACAGGUAUAUGGCUGCCCUCGACCAGAAGGGUGAGGGGUCCCAGUCUUCGUGGCGUGCGGCUUCACCAAACUCCACGUCCUCGGAGCUGGAACCUGCUCCAGCCAUACCUGUGGAUUCUGGCCGCCUCUCGGUGGUCAUGGCAAGGGAGAACGAACUAAGCGCGUCAGAGCUUAGUUUCUACUCAUCCAAUGAGUAUGCGGUGGAGAAUCCGUACGCCGAUUUUGAAGAAAAGUCCACCGUGCUAAACCAGACGUCAAGCUCGGAACCCCAAGAGCCUGAGUUCGAAGACGGUGCAACUCCGACGCCCAGCCUGCGGCAGCGUCACCCCCAGUUGAUCGAGUCGGAGACUCUUGGACCAGCUUCUCCGAGCCAGCACCAGAGCCACAGCGAGUCGUCCGAGGGUGAGAUUACCACGACUACCAGUCAUAGAGCCGCCAGCCUGCCCCAAGACCAGUCGACAACAGCACCCGUCAUACUGUCCCAGCCCCAGUACCGGCCAGUGCCGAUGGUGCCAGAGGAUUUCAUCUGGGAUUUGACCAAGGUCAGCUUCUAUUGUGCCAAGCCCGGUUGUGACAAAGUUUGCAACCUAUGGGAUCGCCAAUCCGUCGUCUGCGCUCGUUGUGGGCCAUACUCCGAGAUCCGCUAUUGCGGCAAGGAGCACAUGCGCGAGAACGUCAAGGAACACUGGUUGGUCUGCAGACAAUUCACUUUCCAGCAAAAAUGCUUGGAAAGUUUCAUUCCCGAAGACGUCUUGGUCGGCCCUCCGAUGAUUCCUAACCGUCACAACUGGGAUAGUCCGGAGCGUUUCCGCCAGGCUAUGUGGUUUACCACGGCCCGUCAGGAGGGCGACUAUUUCAUCUUUGCGGAUUGGGCGACGCAGUUCAGCGCGGGUAAUAUUCCUGGUAGUCCCGAGUCGCGGUGCUGUCCCCGAGUGCUGAUCACGGUUCGGUUCGAUGAUCCUAAAGAGAAGGAUCGGUUCCGAAGAAUCCUGGCAGUUGUCCUGUUUGCUGCCAUCGAGGUCGGGCCGAUGAUCAGCUACAUGUUCCGGCUCCUCCGAGACUGGCUCCGGGUUCGCAACAUGUGGAACAACCACAUGGACGCGAUGCUCCGGAACCAGUUCCGGUACGAGCUGGGCGUGAUAGUUGAGCCGCCGGUCACGGGCGAGCGUCACGCAUGCGAGACUGAAUGGAGCGGUCUUGCCCCGAGACACUGCCGAGACUCGGUCUGCUCUGCCGAGCGCGUCACCCUCCUGGGCGAUUUGGGACAAGGGCGUGGGUUCGCGCGCCUGUGCGAUUAUAUGGAGUCCAGUCAAUGGAUCCUCCGCGCACACCGAACCACGCAUCCCACGGUCCGCUCGGUCAGGGGCCGGACGUGCGGCGAGGGAUUCGAUGAGGUUCUCGAUGAUGAGCGAAGGGCCUUCUGCCGUGGGGAGGGUUGGGAUGGCGCCGGGUCGGGGCCUAUGGAGAUUGAAAGACCGUUUGAGGAGUAG